AUGCAGGCCGGUGGCCGCUCCGCCUGCGCCACCCUGCACUAUGUGUCGAAUUCACCCUGGCAGCUGGCCCGGCCAGUCCGGCAGUUCCUGGCCACCUUCGGCUUCCCGGUCACCUCGCUGCACCUGAAGGCCUUCCAUCUGGGGGACCGGACAUGGCGGUCGCUGCUUCAGCCGCCGGAGCGCGGGAAGUCGGCGGCCAUCUCGUCGCUGCUGGCUCGGCUGCCGCCCCGGCGGCGUGUCCUGCUGAUUGGCGACAGCGGCGAGCGCGAUCCCGAGCUCUAUGCCACCGUGGUCCGGCUGAUUGCCAGCAAGUGCCGGAUUGUGGCGGUGGCCAUCCGCCAUGUGACCGAUGGCAUUGUCCCCGCCACACCGAUCCCAGCCCUGACCAGUGCCUCUCCCUCGUCGGACAACCUGCUUCUCGGCAUGGGGGGCUCCCCUGGGCCGGUGCCGCCCGGGCUGGCGGGGGACUUUGGCCUGCUGCAGACGCCGGUGCUGAGCAGCUCCAUGUCCACCGCCUCGACCGCCGCCGGCAAUGGCCAGGGCAGCUCCCUCGGGGCCGCUCGCGAUCUCGAGGCUCAGGGCUUCAUCCCGGUGUCGAUGCACUUCUCGGUGGCCGAGCCCGUCGGGCCGGCCCCCCCUGCUGGCGGCCAGCUGGCUGGCGCUCCUGCCGAUGCCAAUGACGCCGAUGAAGAUGACGACACCAACACCUCGGACUGGCUGCUGAACACGGCCGACUCGGAGGAGGUGGCCACCCAGUCGCUGGCGGCGGGUGGUGCCGACGAUGACUACCACUCGUCGCCGGACGACGAUGGCGGUCCGGCCACCCCUCCGCGGCGGUCUUCCUUUGGCGGUGGCCCCGGCGGCAGCGCCUCGCUCAUGACGUCUCCCCUGGCCUUGACCUUCUCCCCGCACAAGAUCCUCUUCCCCUCGGCAACCACCAGCGAAGAAGGGGCCACCCCCGACAAGGAGGAGGAUCGGCCGGCCGCCACGCCGGUGGUGGUGGCCACCACCUCCACCCCUGCCGUCGGCUCGGACCCCUCGGGCAGGUCGGAUCCCGGGGCCGGCACCUCCCCGCCGCGGCCUCCGCCCGCGCACUACCAUCCCCCCCAUUUGCUUGGUGGGCUGGUGAGCAUGUCCUCGCCGCCGGUGACCGCCCUCGGGGGCGGCAUGUCCGCAGCAGUGGCCGCCGCCUCGGGGCCCGAAUCGCCCUACUCCGAGGAGGACCUCCUCCGGAGCCUGUCCUCGACCGACACAUCGCUCGACCUGUCGCCGGUGGCCGGCUCGCUUGCCUCCCAGCCGGGGGGCGGAGCUGGGCCGCGCUCGCCGCUGCACCAGCGCCAGGACCUCCCCGAGCCUGGCAACUUGGCGAACGGGGCCCCGGCGGCGGCCCCGUCGUCGACCGCCCCGCCUCGCCUGCCCCCCCGGCCAUCAUCCGCCGGCGGUGCUGCUGCGACCAGCGGCGCGGUGCCCACCUCGGGCGGGGCCCCACCACUGCCCCCGCGCCCGACCGACACCGGCCGUGUGCCGGCCCCGCCGCCGCCUUCACUCCACCGCCCGGGCGGUGGCCCUGCUGCGGCGGCCAGUGCCAGUGCCAGCACCAGCGCCACCAGCCUGGCGGGCCCGCCGGCUCUGUCGGUUUCCGCGUCGCAGGCCCUCGCUCGCGACCGACGCCUCCUGGAGCAGCGCAUGGCCCAGCUCUUCGACCCGCUGGGCGUCACCUGGCUCAUCUUCUCCGACGGAAACGACCUGCGCCAGCACCCGGCUGUGGCUGCCUACCUGCCGAGGGGGGACGACUGCUCGGGUCCGGCCGAACGGCCGAACACCAGCGAUCCCUCUCCGCCCUCCUCCCUACCCUCCUAG